AUGUUUUCACUUAGUUCGCUAUCUAGCAGCGGUGGGCAUUCAGAGCAGAAGGAAAGAGAGAGAAUAAGUUAUUUUGAUAUUAGAAUAAACUCCCCGUACAAGGACAUAAUUUUGAUCCAAGGGUCACCGUUGGAACUGUCGUCUAUACCUUUAUCAGGAAACUUAGUGAUUUCAGUGAAAAAUGAGAUCGUAGUGAAGAAAAUUUCGCUGAGAUUGGUAGGAAGAUUCAAAUUGGAGUUUUUGCAAGUUGGCCGAUAUAAGAAGAAUAGCAGUAGUUUGGCAAGUCUAGUUAAGGAAAAGCGUAAGAUUUUCGAAUGCUAUUGGGACAACUUAUUGGUUUCUUCAAAAGGGGAUGUUUUAGUCGGUGGGGAAAAUGCGGAAAAUCAACAUAACAGUAGUAGCGGUCGCAGUACAAGCAACCAAGAUAUGGACACCAGCGGCAACGCAAUAUUUCUAAGCAAGAGAUCACUUUCGAGCCCUGUUUUCAACAAAAUAAUUCGAAGAAAGACCCAUUCUUCCCACAGAAAAAUACUAGAGCUACCAGAAAAUGGUGUUACAGGAACCCCUUUCGAGGGUUUAAGAGAAAACGCCCGUAGUAGAAGCAGUAGUAGUAACACCCUCAAUAACAAUAGCCAUAGUUAUAGUAACAGAGACGGGUCUGGAAGUUCGUACUUAUUCCUAAUGAAAAGAGGCAACUACGAACUACCCUUCAAUACAAUGCUCCCCCCAGAAGUGUGCGAAACAAUCGAGGGACUACAAAGUGGUAGCAUACUGUAUUCCUUUGAAGCCAUUAUAGAUGGACGUCAGUUAUGGGAUACUGAUCUGAGCGUUCAUACUUCUCCUCACGGUCCAAUCGGUAGCACAAGUACGAGCGGCAAUGGUAUGAGAACGAAGAAUAAAAUUAUCAUCAAAAAGUUCAAGUAUCUCAGAAUCCUUCGUACAUUAUCGAUGGACAAUCUUGCCAUGCAAGAAGAAAUUAGCGUGGGUAAUACUUGGCGUGACAAGUUGCAAUACGAAACGUCCAUCCCGAGUAGGGCUGUUCCUAUUGGUAGCACAACCCCCGUGAAGAUUAAGAUUUUCCCCUUCGAAAAGAACAUUCGUUUGGAUAGGAUAGAAAUGGCGCUAAUCCAAUAUUACGCAAUGAAGGACAGCAGCGCACAAAUUUAUGAUGAUGAAAUAGCCGUCAUGAAAAUUACUCAUCUAGCGGACUUCGGCCCGCUGACGGACAAACUUGACGUCGAUUGUCCCUUUACAAUUCCAGAUAACCUCAAACAAAUAACUCAAGACUGCUGUCUGCAAGACAACCUAAUCCGUGUCAUGCACAAAUUGCAGGUACGUAUUCUUUUACAACGUCAAGUGGAUGGCGAAUACAAGAACCUGGAGAUCAAGGCGCAAUUACCUAUGUUAUUAUUUAUUUCGCCGCAUCUGCCUAUGAAAGGCCGUCUAGUGUUGUUUGAUAAACACGAUGGCAAGAUCCACUUCCGCCCUGGCGAAUUAGUACCCCUUUUUUUAACCACUUACCCCGCGCAGGGUCUGACUCCAGGCGUUGAACUGAACUCCACUACAACGGCGCACCUCGCGCUGCCACAACCGCCACCGAAUUAUCACGAGAGCACCAACGAUCAUCUCAUGCCGGCGCUACAGCCGCUCGGCGCCGAUUCGGUGGUACUGACAGUGCCGUCAUACGAGCAGGCGCAGGCGCAGGCAUCGGCAUCGUCUUACGUGACAGGGUCCGUACCCGCUUACUGCGACGAUGACUGA